AUGCUGAAGCAUUAUUAUAAAACAAAUUGGGUAUACUGUGCAGUACUUAUUCUGGAUCCAAGACACAAAAUAGAUACCUUCUCUGCUACCUCAUGGGGUCUUGAAAUGAAACAAGAAUCAGUUGAACAUUUCAAUAAAAGUUACCGAGAUUAUCAUGUUUCUAUGAAGACAGAAACAUCUCAUGUUGAAGAAAAUGUGGUACCAGAAAUCUCAGAGAAGGUAGAUGAUGAAAACGACUCAAUAGAUUUUUCAUCUCUUUAUGAAGACUCACCAAAAUCUGUUGAUUUCAAGGCUGAGUUAGAUGGAUAUCUAGCCUUGAAGAGAGCUACAAAGGAUCAAAAUAUUUUGGAUUGGUGGAAAGUUCAUGAACAUAAUUUUCCAACACUUUCACGAAUGGCCAGAGAUUUAUUUUCAAUCAUGGCUACAUCUGUGCCAUCAGAACGUCUUUUUUCAGUUGCAGGAUUAGUCAUGACAAAAACACGAAAUUCAUUAAACGAUGAAUCCGUACGAGCCUUGUUAUGUUUACAUUCUUGGUUGGACAAAUCUUUGUAA